AUAGCAUCUGCAGACUGCCAACAAAUCCGCGCUAAUUUAAACCAUGAUAAUUGAUCAACGAGCCGGGCAACUCCAACAUGAUGCCGGCCGGCUCCGGUUGCGACCAACACUGCGUUCCGUUGGUUUAGUAUUCCACGUACGGAAUUUAAUGCCGAUCGCUCGAAGAAUUUUCUACAAAGUCUACUACACCUAGUGAUUGGAUUCGCCGUGCUCUAGCCGUCCUCCUUGUCGAACCAUGAAUGGCUUUUGUUGCGUCUACCAGUACCAGCACCUAAUGAUUGGAUUCGUUCGUGGCUACCAAUUGAGACAUGACAGCCCUGGACGAUGCGGAACUGUCAGCUACCAACUCAUCUCAGUUUUCGUUUUUUUUAAAAAAUGGAUACGAGCGUGAUCUGUUUGAGGAAAUACCUACAAGAAAAUUAUUGCAAGCCAAGACCCAUAUUAAAACCGCACGGGGGCCUCAGCCUAGGUGGCCGGGAUUCUUGGUGUCUCUUCAUCUAAAUAAUCCAUGGAUGUUGGUUUAUAAGGAGGGGGAGAUCAAACACAACACCACACCAUCUCCUCCUUGGCUUCGUACGAUUCUCACUCAGUUCAAUGGCGGUGGUGCAGGAGCAACAAUGCCAAGUCCGGUGCAACAGCAUGCCGUCUGUCUCUCACCCCAUUGUGUGCAGAGUUGAAGAGGAGCUUCACAAGCUUAAGGCUUGUGUUGCUUCAUCCUCUUUAUCGGUCGAGAUGAUGUGCCAUGGAUUGAGAGAGCUUGGAGAUCUUUACAGCUGCAUCAAUGAGCUUCUUCGCUUGCCAAGUAACCAACAAGUCCUUUCUCAUUUGCCACAAGAGAAGUGGUUGGAAGAAGAGCUUGAUGGGUCCAUCAGAUUGCUGGACCUGUGCGGUGCCGUAAGGGAUGGCUUAGCUACAAAGAAAGAGCACCUCCAGGAUCUUCAAUCGGCCCUACGUAGAAGAUGUGCUGAAGCUGUCAAAGAGAAAACAUACACCUACAUUAGCUCCGGGGAAAAGGCAAACAAAGAUAUCAAGAAUUGCUUGAGAUCAUUGAAGAAAAUGGAUAGCAAAUCUGGAUCUUCUAUGACCAUAAAUAAAGAUUGCGAUCUACCAUUGGUGGUAAGGGUGUUGAUGAAAGCAAGAGAAAUCACCAUAUCUCUCAUCCAAUCCAUCACAUUUUACUUGUCGGUGUCGAGGCCUAAAGCAAAGACCAGCAGGUGGUCUUCUGUUUCGAAGGCAUUUCAUAAGAAGAAGGUGGCCUGUGAGGGGGAGCGUGACGAUACAAGUGAUUUCUCGAGGAUGCUCUUCUCAUUAUACGCUUCAUAUGGAUGCAUUUCCUGCAAGGAUGUUGAUAAGGAGAAGGCAGUGAGGGCACAAAACCAAUUGCAGACAUUGAAUGUCAACUUUGAUUGUCUUGAGAAUGGAUUGGAUUGCUUAUUCAGGCAACUAAUCCAAAGUAGAGUCUCUCUCCUUAACAUCCUCAGCUUAUAAAAUUCUCCUGUAUCUCUUCAACCCCAUGAUCAGCAUCCACAUUUUAAGGAUCUGCUGAUUAAUUUCAGUAUUUACAAUUUUGUAAAUUACUUGAAAUUUAUAACA